UAAAAACCCGUUCCAGUGUACAAAAUGUUAUUGAGGGGCAUAAGAGGAUAUUCAAAAUUGAAGCAAAUGUGGGAAGAAAUCAAAAUUCCCGUUCCUUGGGGCCAUAUCGCGGGAAAAUGGUGGGGACCUCAGGAUAGGAGACCAAUUUUGGUUCUCCACGGGUGGCAGGACAACUGCGGAAGCUUCGAUAGACUGAUCCCGCUCCUUAAACCCGAGUUGGGUUACCUGGCGAUCGACUUUCCCGGCCACGGGUUGUCAUCAAAACUCCCGCUCGGUGUCUCCUACUACUGGUCGGACUAUAUCGUGUUUCUGCGACGAGUUGUGCAAUACUUCAACUGGCCGAAAGUGUCACUGUUGGGACACUCCAUCAGCGGCACCAUCGCUUACAAUUACGCGACCUUAUAUCCCAAAGCUGUCGACUUCCUAAUCGCAAUCGAGGGCCUAAGGCCGCUCACCGACCUCCUGAAUAUUACAGAAUUGGGCGUCAACGUGGAUCGGUUCAUCAAGUACGAUCACCUACUAAGCUUGGAUCAGGAAGGGCCGAGUUACCCCUACAACGAGUUAGAAAGGCGGCUACACGCGGACUCCGCCAAGUCCAUCUCCUUGGAGACCUGCAAGUACGUCUUGGAACGGAACAUCGCGAGAUCCACGACUAAACCCGACGAAUUCUACUUCACGCGCGACUUGCGAUUAAAACUCCUACCGUUUCUCGAAUACGCUGGGGACGUAACGAAGAUGACCGACAAGUUCACUUGCCCCACGCUUCUUUGCCUAGGAACCGUCGUAACCAAGAAAUUCGAACUUUUAACUCAAACUCACGAAUUUUACAACGUUCUCAAGAAGAUUAAUCCUAAAUUCGAAAUUCACACGGUCGAAGGUACCCAUCACGUUCAUUUAAAUAAUCCCGAGCCAGUGGCGGAAUUGAUUAAUCCGUUCAUUGAAAGGUACGAUGUGGAAGAUUGGUCGAUCUGAAAUACCUACCUGGAAAUGACUA